AUGGCGGAUUGCACGCAUGCCAGGCAGCCUGGGAUGCUUGCUUUUUCUUCUUCUGGCUGCAGGCAGGGCUCGGUUUCAGACAUGAGUGGAGAGAAACCUAAAAAGAAAGCUUUCUACCUAGUGAGGAUGAAGCCACUGAAGGAGCCCACCACCACUAACAACAAUGUCUCUUUUGUGAUACACUGUCACAUAGGCAAGGAGAUCAAACACAUUUGCAGCAACUGCAGUCGCGGGGAGGAAGCCCGUGACGCUGAGGAAGUGGAAAGACUGGCUGCAAUGCGUUCAGAUUCUCUAGUACCUGGGACUCACACGCCUCCGAUCAGAAGAAGAAGCAAAUUUGCUACUCUUGGAAGGCUUUUUAAGCCAUGGAAAUGGAGGAAGAAGAAGAGUGAAAAAUUUAAGCACACUUCAGCAGCUUUGGAAAGAAAAAUAUCAAUGAGGCAAAGCAGAGAGGAGCUUAUAAAACGAGGAGUGCUGAAAGAAAUUUUUGAUAAAGAUGGGGAACUUUCCAUACCAAAUGAAGAAGGAGCUUUGGAGAAUGGGCAGCCUCUGGGCUCCGGGCAAGUGCUGAGCUCCAGCCAGGUAUCCCUGCCAGCCCUAGCAGAACUGGAGUCAGGUCCACCAUCUGGGGAACCCUGCUCAUAUGAGGUGCUCCCAACCACAGAGAUCAUGGAUGGGACAGUGUCUGAAGAGAGCCCCACAUCCAAUGAAUCCGGCAUCCUCCUGUCCCAAGAUCCUACAGCUAAGCCAGUCCUGCUACUUCCCCCCAAAAAAUCUGCUGCUUUCCCUGGAGACCAUGAGGACACCCCAGUGAAACAGUUGUCCCUCCUCAAACAGCCCCCUGCCCUGCCUCCUAAACCUAUUGCCAGGAUUGCCAGCCACUUAACUGAUCCUGGCGCUCCUGUGAAACUGCCUUGUAUGCCAGUUAAACUGUCACCUCCACUACCUCCAAAGAAAGUAAUGAUUUGCAUGCCUUUAGGGGGGCCAGACCUCUCUCUCUCAUCCUAUUCCACGCAGAAGAGCUCCCAGCAGCCUUUGACCCAGCACCAUCACACUGUCCUGCCAUCCCAGUUAGCGGCUCACCAGCACCAGCUCCAGUACGGCAGCCACAGCCAGCACCUGCCUUCUGGGUCCAGCACGUUGCCAAUUCACCCUUCAGGGUGCCGGAUGAUAGAGGAACUGAACAAAACGCUAGCCAUGACCAUGCAAAGGCUAGAAAGCCUGGAAGCCAGAAUAUACUGCAGUACUGCAUAUCACUACUCUGGUUUACACACAGGUGACAGUGUUACAAAAACAGUACCUGGGGGCCUUCCAGACAUGAGACAAGUGCCAACUGUUGUGAUCGAAUGCGAUGACAAUAAAGAAAAUGUGCCUCAUGAAACUGACUAUGAAGAUUCUUCCUGCCUCUACACAAGACAGGAAGAGGAGGAAGAGGAAGAUGAAGAUGAGGAUAACUCAUUAUUUACAAGCUCCCUGGCAAUGAAAGUCUGCAGGAAGGACUCUUUAGCAAUCAAACUAAGCAACAGGCCUUCCAAGCGAGAGCUGGAGGAAAAGAACAUCCUCCCCAUGCAGACUGAUGAAGAGAGGCUUGAACUUAGGCAGCAGAUUGGGACAAAGUUAACAAGACGACUGAGCCAGAGGCCAACUGCUGAAGAAUUGGAGCAGAGGAACAUACUGAAACCCCGGAAUGAGCAAGAGGAGCAGGAGGAAAAACGAGAGAUAAAGAGAAGAUUAACACGUAAGCUGAGUCAAAGGCCCACGGUAGAAGAGCUACGUGAGAGGAAGAUCCUCAUCCGCUUCAGUGACUACGUGGAAGUGGCAGAUGCGCAGGACUACGACAGGAGGGCGGACAAACCCUGGACACGACUCACAGCCGCCGACAAAGCAGCCAUUCGAAAAGAGCUUAAUGAAUUUAAAAGCACUGAAAUGGAAGUUCAUGAAUUAAGUAGGCAUCUAACAAGGUUUCAUAGACCGUAGCAGUUCAAUUCUACCUGACUACUAUGCCGUCUUCAAAACAUAACUAAAAGGAACCAUAAGUGCUGGUAUUAUUCACUUCCCUGUUACGUACAAUGUAAAUCUUCUGAACUGCCUUUUUAAAAAAAAAAGAGUAGAAAAAUAAAUAUAAAAAAAGGAAAAUUGUAUUUACAUGUAAUGGGUACUGCAGCAUCAUCAGACCUGCUGGUUCAAGCUUCAUUAACAGAAAAUACCCCUGGUGGGAA